AGUCGUGUUCUUCGCUUUUCAACAUAUUUCCCGGAACUGGUCAUUCCUUCGCAACAUAGCCUCACAUUCCUUCAUCGGCACAAAUGUUCCGAUGCUUUUUUGGGUUUCGUUACUCCUAACACGUCAACCACAAACCAAGCCCAUCCCCGGCGUCUAGGACUGGUCUCAUAAAGCGCUUUUCUUUCCCACCGGGUUUCUCAUUCAUCCUACAUUCGUCGAUCCGGUCGGAAGCCGAAAGUUUUCCAAGCGGCUAACGAUUCGCCUGUUCUGUCUGUUCCCAAUUGUGUGCAGUUUCCCCCCACCUCAUUUAAACUACGGCAACCGCAGUUCCGGUGAAAAGCGUCCUAGGAUUGGCCACGAUGAAGCUGCUUCUAUCGGCAUUUGCGUUGCUGACCAUCGCCACCGUAGCGAUUGCAGAGGAAAAGGUCAAAACGGAAGAUGGAGUGCUUGUGCUGACAAAGGAGAACUUCGAUUCGGUAGUCGCCGACAACGAGUUCGUGCUGGUUGAAUUCUAUGCUCCAUGGUGCGGACAUUGUAAGGCUCUAGCUCCGGAGUACGCGAAGGCUGCCAAGGUAUUGGCGGACAAAGACUCGAAGAUCAAGCUCGCUAAGGUAGAUGCAACCGUCGAGCCAGAACUGGCCGAGAAGUUCGGCGUUCGUGGCUACCCGACGCUCAAAUUUUUCCGCAGUGGUUCUCACGUUGACUACACCGGCGGUCGCGAGCAAGACACGAUCGUGUCGUGGCUCGAGAAGAAGACUGGUCCGGCCGCGAAGGAACUGGAAACGGUGGAGGCUGCAGAAGAGUUCCUUAAAGAGAACAACGUAGCAGUGGUUGGAUUCUUCAAGGAUCGUGACUCGAAGGAAGCGAAGGCUUACUUUGCCACCGCGGUUGCCAUUGAUGAUUAUCCGUUCGCCGUUACAAGCAGUGAAGAUGUGUACUCCAAGUACGAAGCCAAAUGCGGCUCCGUUGUGCUGUUCAAGCAGUUCGACGAAGGCAAGGCCGUUUUCGAAGGAGAAGCAACCGAAGAAGCGCUCAAGAAGUUUGUCACAGCCCAAGCCUUACCGUUGAUUGUUGACUUUAGUCACGAAACGGCUCAAAAGAUCUUUGGAGGCGAAAUUAAGAGCCACCUGCUGUUCUUUAUCUCGAAAGAAGCUGGACACAUGAAGGAAUAUGUUGACCCUGCCAAGGAAGUCGCCAAGAAAUUCCGUGAGCAAAUUUUGUUCGUGACGAUCGAUGCCGACCAGGAGGACCAUACCCGCAUUCUCGAGUUCUUCGGUAUGAAGAAAGACGAAGUGCCGUCGCUGCGGAUUAUCCGUCUAGAAGAAGAUAUGGCUAAGUACAAGCCGGAAACUAAUGAUUUGUCCGCGGACAAAAUCGAACAGUUCGUCGCGUCCUUCCUUGAGGGUAAGGUUAAGCAGCAUCUACUGUCCCAGGAUUUGCCAGAGGAUUGGGAUAAAGAGCCAGUCAAGGUUCUGGUUGCCACAAAGUUCGACGAGGUUGUCUUUGACAAAACGAAGGACGUUCUGGUUGAAUUCUAUGCACCAUGGUGUGGACAUUGCAAGCAACUGGUUCCAAUCUACGAUCAGCUGGGCGAGAAAUACAAGGACAACGAGAGCGUUCUGAUUGCGAAGAUUGAUGCUACUGCCAACGAGUUAGAACACACCAAGAUUUCUUCUUUCCCAACGAUCUUCUUGUACCGUAAGGGCGAUAACGAGAAAGUUGAGUUCAAGGGAGAGCGGACACUGGAAGGAUUCGUGAAGUUCCUUGAUGGUGAAAAGGAUGAGCAACCCGAAGAGGAAGAGUCUGAAGAGAAACCAGCAAAGGACGAACUCUAAGCAGAUGCAAGCGCCUUUUUCUGUUGACGGAGGAGAGUACACAAUAGUAGGCGUGGGACGGUAUCGAACUAUCACACAAUCCGCGCCGUUUCGAUACAGUGUUGCCCAAAUUAAUCACAAAAACAAGAUAGCAGAAAGGUUCACUACCCGGCCCACAAACAUACAUACUGCUGCAUUGAUUACCUUCAUCUCGUGUCUAUAACAGUGCUUCAAAACGGAAUGUUGUAUUAAGGUCCUCCAGCGAGAAACACUCCGCAAAAGAAUUGCCCACUUAGCGAAAUUGUCCUAGGAGCAACAAACCGUGUGUAGUAAUAGUUAUGUAAAACUUGGAAAGAGACUGUAAUAUACUAUAUUUUACGAUGGAGAAACUGAUAGAGAAUGCAACGCAACAACAUCAUUCAUCUCGCCGCGAUCAUUCCUUGGAUCUCUUUCGAUAGCUCGAUACUUACUCAGCAUUUCCUUCCUACAUCUGAAAGUGACCUUUUUUCAACACAAGACACGAACGAUAUAAAAACGGAAACAUUAAUUUCCUUUCUGUUUUGAUGUGGAGAAUGAGAAACACGAAAUGAUGAAACAAACCCAGCCCAAGACCUCUAUCGAACACGUUGGUAACAAAAACUUUCAACUAAAAAAUACACUGCACUGUAAAAGGCUGGUCGCAGCAGUAACAAACCUGCAUUUGCAUUUAGUUUCUUUGUUGACGAGAUGAAUGUUAUAUUAACAUUAGGAGCUAUGAAAAAGUCUAGGUACAAUUACCGAGUACUUCUCCAAAUACACAAAUCGAACUCCAGGGAUACGCAACGCAAAAUAAAACACUUUCAUGAAUAACAUUGAAUGAAGAAGUUGAGUGAUUUGAUUUUUUCCUGGCCAGAAUUCGUUUGCACGAGUUAAUUAUUUUAGUUUUCUAAUCUACGAUCAAGACGAGAUUAUGUUCUACAAAGUAUCGCUGUCAGAAAAUGUUAUUGUAAUGGACAACACAGGCCAGAGAACUAUAUUCUUCUUAAAUAAAGUUUCAAAAAUCACAUUCAUUCAAAACAUUUGCACGUUGAUCUAAAUGGAUUUGAACUAUGUACUCG